AUGCCACUGACAAUGCUGCGUGACUGGUGCAGGUGGAUGGGCGUGAACGAGCACCGUUCCCUGCUCAUCCUGGGCAUCCCUGACGACUGCGGGGACGAGGAAUUCCAGAAGGCCGUGCGCACUGCCCUGUGGCCCCUGGGCACGUACCGAGUGCUGGGCAAAGCGUUCAGAAAGGAGCUCGGAUCCAGGGUCGCCUUGGUCGAGUUUGCUCAGUAUUUAAACCGAAGUUUGAUCCCCCGACAAAUACCAGGCAAGGGAGGACCCUGGCCUGUGGUCUUUCUGCCCCAGGCCCCCGAUUCAGAGUCACAGGAUAGACCAGAUUUCCCUGCACAGCCCCAGAGGCAUGCAGGAGUUGGCCAGGCAGGUGUGGCAGGAGCUGCAGGUGUGGCAGGAGCUGCAGAGCCAGACCAAGAGGGAGAGUCCUUUGAGAGCUGGGUGGACCAUGCCAACGACAUGCUGUACACGUGGCGCCACGUGUCAGAAAGGGAGAGGAACAGGCGGCUGGUGGAAAGCUUGGGUGGCCCCGCGCUGGAUCUCAUGUGCAGCCUCCUGGCAGAUAAUCCCGACAUGCCUGCGCAGGAUUCUGCCCCCCUGGUACAGGUGUUUGGGGACAAGGACACCUGCAUGACUGCACGGCUCAAGUUCCUGACUUGUGCCCAGCGGCCCCAGGAGACUCUCUUUGCCUAUGUGAUGAGCCUGGAAGGCCUGCUGCAGUCAGCCGUGGAGAGGGGGGCCUUCCAUCCUGUCAUCGCAGACCAGGUUCGCGCCAGGCAGGUGCUGAUGCGGGCCCGCCCGAACGAGAUGCUCCAGAGCAAGCUGAGGAGGAUGCGCCUGGAGAGGAGACCACCUGGCUUCAUGGGGAUGCUGCGGCUCAUUCGGGAGACCGAGGCAUGGGAGGCCGCCUCAGGUAGGGCUGAGCAAUUCCAAGCGGAAGAAGGGGCCUGUGUGGACAUGGGAGGGCUGCCGGCCGCCCAGGCUGCCCUCGCCAGUGAAGAGGUUGCUGAAGCCGCUCCAGCCAAUGAAGAUGCUUUCCAGGCUGCCCUGGCUCUUGAAGUCAUCACCGAGGACACCCCUGCCUGUGCAGGUGAAACCGAGGCCUCCCCAAGCGACGAAGAUGCUUUCUGGGCUGCCCCGGCUCUUGAAGUCAUCACUGAGGGCAACCCUGCCGGUGCAGGUGAAACCGAGGCCUUCCCAGCCAGCGAAGACGCUUUCCAGGCUGCCUUGAUUCUUGAAGUCAUCACCGAGGACACCCCUGCCGGUGCAGAGGAAACCGAGGCCUCCCCAGCCAAUGAAGAUGCUUUCCGGGCUGCCCUGGGUUUUGAAGUCAUCACCGAGGGCACCCCUGCCGAGGAAACCGAGGCCUCCCAAGCCAGCGAAGAUGCUUUCCGGGCUGCCCCGGCUCUUGAAGUCAUCACCGAGGGCACCCCUGCCGGCGCAGGUGAAACCGAGGCCUCCCCAGCCGACGAAGAUACUGCCAAGCCUGCCCCAGUGAACGUGGAGGCCAGUGAGGCAGUUCCUGGCACUGCCGAAGCUGGUAGGGCUGCUCCUGAACCCCAUGAUGCUGCCACGGCUGCCCCUGCCCCUCAGGAGAUCUCCAAGUUCUUCCCUGCCACUCAGGAAGAUGAAAAUGCUCCCUCCUCUGUGGGCCUAGGUCAGGCAAGACCCUCCGAGGCCCCUGGGGGCCCCACCCCUGCCCAGAUGGGCAGUGCUUCCAGGGUGGGCCCAGGAGGUCCUGGCUGUGAGCCAGAGGGUCUCGCCCAGGCAGGAGACCAGGAGGCUGGGGAGCCCCCCGAGGAGGGGCUCAAGCCCAUCCCAGAAGAGUUGGAAAACAAGGGUGGCGCUGGGGAGACGAGCCCCCCCAAGUCCUCCUCAGGCAAAUAG